AGGGAGGAGGAGAAUGAGAGGAAGGAGGCAGAGAGAGUGAAGGUGAAAAGAAAGAGCAAAAAGUGGUGGCGGAGGUUGGGCUCUUUCUUCAGAGCUGCCAAAAAACACCCAGAGAGCAGCUCAGGUCAGCGAGAGCAGCAGGAUGAGGGACAGAAGAGGAAGAUGGCAUGGGCAGGAAGAAGUAGUGAUGACUACAUCUUCAGUCGCUACACCAUUGGUGAUCAGCUGGGGAAAGGUGGUUGUGGUGUUGUAUAUGAGGGCAGGCGUUUAAAUGAUGAUCUUAAAGUGGCUUUGAAAUAUGUGACGAAGACCCAGCACACGGAAUGUAUAUUCAUUCCUGAUCAUCCAAAACCUCUCCCAAAAGAGAUCGCCCUUACCAUCCUCGCAAACAAAGGUCCCAGUGUGCCAGAGAUAAUCAGGCUGCUGGACUGGACGGACCACCCUGACCACUUCGUCAUGGUCCUCGAAUGCCCCUCUCCCUGUGAGAAUCUCGUGGAGUUCAUCAGGCGUCACGGUGGAAGCCUUGAUGAAGAAAUAACACGGCAGAUCAUGUGGCAGGCGGCUCAAGCAGCAAACAUGUGCCACCUCCGCAGAGUUUUCCACCAUGCCGUCAAACUAGAGAACAUCCUAGUAAACAGGGAGACAUCUGAAGUCAGGCUGAUUGACUUCUGAUGCGGGGAUAUUUUGAGGAGGACACCGUACAGGUCAUACUGUGGCACAGCAGUGUACUCCCCUCCAGAGUACCACAGCAGGGGGAAGUACUACGGCGGGCCGGCGACAGUCUGGUCACUAGGGAUUGUGAUGUUCACAAUGUUGUGUGGACGGUUCCCUAGUGACUAUGACCUGUUCCUUCUACAGUGCAAGCACUGGUUCAAACCCGGCCUGUCAAAAGAAUGCUGUCACCUCCUCAGGGCUCUUCUGCACGAGAAGCCAAGCCAGAGACUAGGUCUGGGGCGAAUCAUGUCCCACAACUGGUUUAAGACCAUCUCAGUCCCAGAGAUAGCCGUCUCAGCAACCCUGGUCUCCGAGCUCCAUAGUGUGUCUGUCCAGACCCAGGGUUUCUUGUCAAAAGCUGCACAAGACGUUAAAAAGCCAUUAUAGCAGCCACAGGGAGUGCUGACAUUGGUACCUGGUCUACAAGCUCCAAAUAAAGGAAAUAA